GGAGAUGGAUAACUGCUCUAGCUAUCCUAACUCUAACGGCUUUCCUAGAGAGAGAGAGAGAGAGAGAGAGAGAGAGAUGGCCCUCGCAGGAGCCACUUUUAAUCUAUCGGCACCCCCGCGAAGGUUAAUAUGCAAUAAGAGACUGAAGUCUCGGUCAGCGGCUUCAGGUAUAUAUUGUAUGAAAUGGGGAACUCUUGAGAAGAUAGGAUUGAACUCCCACUGCUAUUUGUUCUACAAGAGACGACCACAAGUCGUACAAGCUGCAGUACUCCCUAUUUCACCAUCCUUGAUAGAUGAUGAAGUGCAAAGGCAUCAGAUGUGUGAAAAUUAUGGCUUCACACAAAUAGGGGAACCACUUCCUGAUAAUAUUACUCUGAAAGAUGUGAUGGAUACCCUGCCAAAAAAGGUUUUUGAAAUCAAUGACAUGAAAGCUUGGCAAUCGGUUUUCAUAUCUGUAACAUCUUAUGCAUUGGGAUUAUUAAUGAUUGCAAAAGCUCCAUGGUACUUGCUCCCUCUAGCAUGGGCAUGGACAGGCACAGCAGUGACAGGGUUUUUUGUGAUAGGCCAUGAUUGUGCUCACAAAUCAUUCUCAAGGAAUAAAUUGGUGGAAGAUAUUGUUGGAACUCUUGCCUUCUUGCCUCUGAUAUAUCCUUAUGAGCCGUGGCGUUUUAAGCAUGAUAGACAUCAUGCCAAGACAAACAUGUUGGCAGAAGAUACUGCUUGGCACCCUGUUAUGAAAGACGAAUGUGACUCCUCACCCAUACUGAGGAAAGCCAUUGUCUUAGGAUAUGGUCUAGUCAGGCCAUGGAUGUCUAUAGCUCACUGGCUAUUGUGGCACUUUGAUCUGAAGAAGUUCAGACCGGCUGAAAUUGGAAGGGUAAAGAUAAGCUUGGCAUGUGUAUUUGCAUUCAUUGUGAUCGGAUGGCCUUUAAUCAUUUAUAAGGCUGGAAUUAUGGGAUGGUUCAAAUUUUGGUUUAUGCCAUGGAUGGGCUAUCACUUCUGGAUGAGUACUUUCACGAUGGUCCAUCACACUGCUCCUCAUAUUCCUUUCAAAACUUCAGAUGAAUGGAAUGCUGCACAGGCUCAACUUAGUGGGACGGUCCAUUGCAGCUAUCCUAAUUGGGUAGAGAUCCUGUGCCAUGAUAUCAAUGUGCACAUUCCACACCAUAUUUCUUCCAGGAUACCAAGCUACAACCUUCGGGCUGCUCAUCAAUCGCUUCAAGAGAACUGGGGCAAGUAUCUUAACGAAGCAACCUGGAAUUGGCGUCUGAUGAAGUCAAUAAUGACGAUAUGCCAUGUAUAUGACAAGGAGAGGUACUAUGUUCCGUUUGAUGAACUCUAUCCACAAGACUCCCAGCCAAUCUCACUUCUCAAGAAGGUCAUGCCGGAAUACACAUAAUUUUGUCAAGAUUCUCCAUUACUUUUAUUCUUUUCAGAAUCUUGCUCUGAAACAGCAUUAAUCUUUUAUGUUUUGGCAUAUUUUACCCGGAGAUUCAGAAUAUUUGACAAUUUUAAACAACCAAUUUUUGUUGUACUGGCUAAAAGAUUUAAAAGGGAUGAAAAUAAAAGAAACUAGAGAACUUUUGAAUGUUGUAAAA